AUGUGACUAGUUAAGACACACAACCCCAGCUUGAAGGAAACAGCUGCUCAUUUAUGCUUUAACACUUGGCAGCUGGACAAAGAAGGGAGAUGUUUGUGUUGAAUACCUCCGCAGAACGAAGUACAUUUUCUGGUGAAGUGGUACAGAUAAUGCAACUGACAGACAUCUAAUGGAGCCUCGGUUGCCACUGCUGCUGCCGCUGCUGCUGCCCUUCUCUGAUGUGGUGGAAGUGUAUUCGUUCUUUUAACAAUUAAAGGACGAUGGGGUCCAAUACACUCGGGAAAGCCGCAACAUUGGAUGAACUUUUAAGCACCUGCAUUAAAAUGUUCGAUCACAGAGGGGAACUGAGCAACAGUCAUCUGCCACGAACCUUCCUUUUAAUGCACCGAUGGUAUCUACCAUCCACAGAACUGGCAGGAAAACUUCUCUCCCUAUAUAGAGCUGCUAGUGGGGAAGACUGCAGUGAAAUUCGCUUAAAAAUCUGCUACUUCAUGAGAUACUGGAUUUUGGAAUUUCCUGCAGAAUUCAAUCUGGACCUUGGUUUGGUUCGUCUGACUGAGGAGUUUCAAGAACUAGCCAGCCACCUAGGUUACGAAGAGCACAUCCAUCUUAUUGAUAUCUCUAGCAUUCCCUCUUAUGACUGGAUGAGGAGAGUCACACAAAGGAAAAAACCUUCCAAGAAGGGAAAAGCUUGCCUGCUGUUUGAUCACCUGGAACCCAUUGAGCUUGCCGAGCACCUCACUUUUCUAGAGCAUAAAUCUUUCAGAAGGAUCUCUUUUACAGAUUAUCAGAGCUAUGUGAUCCAUGGUUGCCUGGAGAACAACCCAACUCUGGAAAGAUCAAUCGCUUUAUUUAAUGGCAUCUCCAAGUGGGUCCAGUUGAUGGUCCUUAGCAAACCAACCCCUCAGCAAAGGGCAGAAGUAAUCACAAAAUUCAUCAAUGUUGCACAGAAACUUCUUCAUCUUCAAAAUUUCAAUACCCUGAUGGCUGUUGUGGGAGGACUAAGCCAUAGCUCUAUUUCACGUCUCAAAGAAACUCAUUCUCACCUUUCCUCAGAAGUUUCAAAGGACUGGAACGAAAUGACCGAGCUAGUCUCUUCCAAUGGGAACUACUGCAGCUACCGCAAAGCUUUUGCUGAUUGUGUUGGCUUCAAAAUCCCAAUCUUAGGAGUCCACCUGAAGGACCUGAUAGCCGUUCAUGUCGUCUUUCCAGACUGGAUCAAUGAGAACAAAGUCAACAUAGUAAAAAUGCAGCAGCUUUCAGUCACCUUGAGUGAGCUGGUUUCCCUGCAGACUGCUUCUCACCAUCUUGAGCCAAACAUGGAUUUAAUUAACCUGCUAACACUUUCCCUGGAUCUCUACCACACAGAAGAUGAUAUUUAUAAGCUCUCACUGGUGCUUGAGCCAAGGACUUCCAAAUCACAGCCUACCUCUCCAACAACCCCUAACAAGACAGUGGUGCCACUUGAAUGGGCGUCUGGAGUCAUACCGAAACCUGACCCAAACCUUAUUAACAAACACAUCCAAAAACUAGUUGAUUCUGUUUUUAGGAACUAUGACCACGACCAUGAUGGCUACAUCUCUCAAGAAGACUUUGAAAGCAUUGCAGCUAAUUUCCCUUUUCUGGAUUCGUUCUGUGUAUUAGACAAAGAUCAGGAUGGCCGUAUCAGCAAAGGAGAAAUGAUGGCGUAUUUUCUGAGGGCCAAAUCACAGCUGCAGUGUAAAAUGGGACCAGGUUUUAUGCAUAACUUUCAGGAGAUGACCUAUCUUAAGCCAACGUUCUGUGAGCAUUGUGCUGGAUUUCUGUGGGGUAUAAUCAAGCAAGGAUACAAAUGCAAAGAUUGUGGUGCUAACUGUCAUAAGCAAUGCAGAGAUCUGCUAGUUCUAGCCUGCAGGAAGUUUGCCAGAGGGAUGUCACUGGGUAGCAGUCACGGUUCUUUGCCUAAUAGUCCAUCAUUGCCAGCAGUGCAAGGUGAAGUAUUUAACUUUCCUAGUGUAACUCCACAAAAUCAGGAUCUAGAAAGCAGAGCAAUCACACUUGUCACCGGCAAUUCUCGAAAGAUUUCGGUCCAUCUACAGCGGGUAACCACCAGCCAAGCAACGCAGACAGAGCCGCUGUGGCAUGAGCCUGGCUGGGGAGAUUCAGGACCACACACCUUCCCCAAAAUGAAGGCCAAACUCCAUGGGAAAUCGGGAAAGAAUAAAGGCUUUGCAAAGUGGGAGAAUGAAAAAUCGAACAUUCAAGCCAAUAUGGACACUGCAGUAGGAACUACAGCACAUGUGUUGGACCAGAACGGAACAGAAACGCUCCUAGAAAGACAGGAAAUGGAGGCUAGUUGAGUGGCUGCUGCUGCUGCAAAGCUGGAAGAUAGUUCAAGGAAGCACAAUGUGAUAUUCCAUAAAUUGCCAGACUUGGUUGAACAUCAUUCCAUUGUCAAAUUCAGCAGUUUGGUUUUUUCCAAAAUCACCUGUGAAAGAAAUUUAAUGACAGAGUUACCGUAUUUAUUUUUGUUCACAUAGGUUAAGUAGUUUGAUCAGUCUUGCACAGACAGAAAACAAAGGAGUGUUGUAGCUCCAGCGUGUCAUUAUUUGUUUCUAUUUCGCGGGCAGCUGUGGUUCCAGACUAUUUCACCAGCAAGGACACCUUGGCAUCUGCAGCAAUCACAGUUGUGGAAACCUGCCUGGCACGUUAAUAUUUGGGUAUAUGUUAAUGUCACACGUUCCGAUAUGGACAAUGUGCUUUCCCCAGUUAUUUUGUUUGAGACUGCAUUCUUUGUCUGGCACUGACAGCUACGUCAUAAAUGGGUGGCACUUGAAGACUUGCACAGCCUUGAGAUUCUCUCAUCACAAAGAAUACCUCUGCACAGUCAUUUCAUUUUCAGCUUUCGCCAGAAUGUUUUGUUUUUUGUCCCCACCCCAACCAAGUUUGGAAGAGGUUUACUUUUUUCUCCAUUAAAUUUGUAACAAGCUACUGCUGUGUGUGCUACAAAGUCUCCCAGCAAUAGUUCACUGGAAGAUGUCACCUUCAACAUAUACCAGAUGUGGAAAGGCUUAUGGAAUACAGGUGCUAUGAUGAGUCAUUGAAGGAACUGGAGAGAGACAGAGAAAAGACUUUUCAAGUGCUAUGCCUUAUGCUGAAGGAUCAGGUAGUACACAUUUUAGUUUAAUGGUUACUGGUGUUUUGUUUUUACUCUUUUCAGCACACUAGAAGUUACCUAAAUAAAACACUUGAUUUCAUAAAA